AUGAAAAUCAGUCUGUCAUUCAGAAGGGUCGUGAAGCAAACAAGAAGACCAGAAAGCAAGAAAAAGCAGAACCAAAGUAGUCAGAGUGCUUUAACAGAUCUGAGUUCAGCACAACAGGACAGAGUCAUGGAGCAGAGGCUUCUUCUCAUCCUCAUGAUCUGUGGCGUAUACUGUGUUACAGGCACUUUAAAUCCCUCUAAACUCAUCUGCUUCGUGAAUCAACCCAAGACGUUUGAUGAGGCUCAACAGUACUGCCGAGACAAUUACAUUGAUCUGGUGACUCUGUCGGACCGGGCAGAAUUGGAGGAGCUCUUUGCUCUUGAAAACUUCACGUACACUGAAUACGCCUGGAUCGGACUGAAGAAAACGAGUCACUAUCAGUGGCGUUGGGCUCUGGCUGAUCAAGAGUUUUACAAGGAAGGAGAAACUGAAUACAGAAACUGGGGACCAGGAGAACCAACUAACUACGGUGGUGAAUAUUGUUCAGUAAUGGAUGAUAAUGGGAAGUUUCGUGACACACAGUGUGAGCCGUCCAGGACAUUUGUGUGCUACAAUGGUCAGAAUUAUAAUGAACACAAAUACAAUUACAUUAAUGAGCCAAAGCCAUGGAGAGAAGCUCAGAGAUACUGCAGACAGUUUCACACAGAUCUGGUCAGCGUGAGGAACCAGGACGAGAACCUUCAGGUCCAGCAGCUCAUUCCUGCAGGACAAGUCACAUAUAUCGGCCUGUUCCAAGAUGCUUUCGCCUGGUACGAUAACAGCACAUCUUCCUUCAGAAACUGGGACUCUGCUCAACCGGAUGGAUCAGGAGAAUGUGUGGCACAACAUUUACAAGAUCACAGACUGUGGGAUGAUCAGAGCUGUGGCAGUCCAAGACCUUUCUUCUGCUAUGCGAUCCCAGUGUUUAAACAGGUUCUGAAACUGGAGGUGGAAUCGGAUCAAAAUGUGAAUGAUCCUGAUGUGAAGGCGACCAUCCUAGAAGAGAUUCAGCAGAGACUGAUCUCUCAUGGGAUGCCUGAGCAGGCAAAUCUGCAAUGGAGGCAGCAAGCGAAUGGAAACGUCUUUCAGAGGACAGAGAAAGUGAGAGAGUUGAUAUAAUAUCUCUGUCAUGAGACAGCGGCCCAUCAGAGCUUCUGAUUCUGUCUGUCCAAAGGAAUAAAUACUGAUGACGUGACUGAAAACAAAGCAGAAUAUACAGCUCUGCUUGUGAGAGUUUAGACUAUUUGCCACUGAGUGCUUCAAAUGAAAUCUGAACCUGAAUCUUUCAACCUAAAUCUUUUUCUUCCAUCAGUACAAUAACCUUGGUGUAUCUGGGCCUUUUUUCUUUCUUUCUUUAUUUCUUUCUUUCUUUAAAUAUGUAAAAUGUUGUACUCUAUUUAACUAUUU